UCAAGAAGCAGCAAGAGCUCCAUUAAUCUCUAUAUUUUAAAUAUGGCAGUGGCAGACCUUGGAGUGGUUCUUUCCUUGCCCUUCUGGAUGCUGGAGGCGCUUCUGGAAUACACAUGGCUCUGGGGUGGAUUUUUGUGCCGAUUUACACAUUAUUUCUAUUUUGCCAACAUGUUCAGCAGUAUAUACUUUCUUACUGCUUUAAGUGUGGACCGCUACUUGACUCUAACAUCGUCUUCAGUGUUCUGGCGUCAAAACCAGCAAAAGAUCAGAAAAGGUCUUUGUAUUGGUAUCUGGGUGAUUUCUGUCAUUUUUCCCAUACCAGAUGUUAUCCACAUGCAAUUGGUGGAUACUUCA